CGGCUGUCAAAGAUAGACCGUGACCAGAUGGGUGUAUAUGAAUACGACUGAGUUGAGGUCAGAUGGCAAACACAAGUGCGAAGAGAUAGAUCCGGCUUUCUUUAUUCCGUGUCAGGUACUUUUCAAGCAUUACAAAAAAGCACAAUCCCGUGACGAAGCUCCCCCGCAUCAAGUGCUCUGACGAUGGCUCCGAUAGCCGUUGAUUCUGAGUCCAAGGCUCUCCCAGUACAGGCUAAGCAGCAAUAUCCGACGCCCCUCAAGUAUUCGGGUUCGCUUGAUGCGUAUGAGUCCAUUGACAUCACGCCAGUCAUUGGAACGGAAUAUCCAACGGCAAACCUAGUGGAUUUCAUAAAUUCGCCCAACGCGGACACCCUCCUCCGAGACUUGGCCAUCAAGAUCUCUGAGCGUGGUGUGGUGUUCUUCCGCGCGCAAGACAACCUAACAAACGACAUCCAGAAGGCGCUUAUUCAUCGUCUAGGCCAACUGACGGGCAAGCCAUCGACAUCGACCCUACAUAUCCACCCAAUCCUCAACUCUGAACGUGAACUUGGCGGUUCGGACCCGGAAAUAUCUACCAUCUCCUCUGUGCAGCACAAGAAGUUCUACCGGAAGCCCGGCCCAGAGGAGCUGAGCCCCAAAAAGCAAGCCACCGCUCAGUGGCACUCGGACAUUGCAUUCGAACCCGUCCCCGCCGACUACACUAGCUUGCGACUCACGCAACUGCCUCGGACGGGGGGCGAUACUCUCUGGGCAUCUGGCUACGAGAUUUACGACCGCAUAUCAGAGCCAUACCAGAAGUUCCUGGAAACAUUGACGGCUACAUUUGCGCAGCCAGGUUUCAAUGAGAUCGCCAAACGCUCCGGCUUUGAAGUGUACGACAAGCCGCGUGGAGCUCCAGAGAACGUUGGUUCCGAGCUGAAGGCCAUUCAUCCAGUUGUUCGGACGAACCCAGUGACCGGUUGGAAGAGCAUCUUCCCAGUUGGUGGACACGUCAAACAUAUCAACGGUUUGACGCAAGAAGAAAGCCAAAGGCUCCUGGACUGGUUUCUGGAUCUUGUGUAUAAGAACCAUGACUUGCAGGUGCGGUUCAAGUGGAAAAAUGUAAACGACAUUGCAAUCUGGGAUAACAGAUCAGUAUUCCACACCGCGACGUUCGACUACGACCUCGAAGGAGAACGGUUCGGCAACCGUGCCGUCGGUCUGGGCGAACGGCCGUACUUAGACCCGAACAGCACAUCGCGUCGUGUUGCUCUCGGACAGAUCGCUGCCGAGUUCGUGGGGGAUGGACUUCCAAACAUACCCUCAAAGGAAGAUGACAUCCAAGCAUGAAGGUAUAGCCGCUCAGAUAGCCACCUCCCCAAAUCAUGCUUCUGGUAGGUGGUGUCCGUAGGAAUUAUAAUGCAAAAAACCACUUCGUGGAAACUUGACAGCCAUC